AAAAAAAUUAAAGGCUAGAGUGCUCAGAAAAUAUCCGGUUGUACAAAGGUCGUUGCGACUUGCUGUCUACGUUUUUCUCCUUCACGCCUACCAAAAAAUGACAGAGAAGAUCUUCAAGCUGCGCGAUGCAGGCAUCUACCACGGCCUACCAGUGUACGAGCCUUCGGUCAAAGGUUUGACUGCCAUCGUGACGGGCGCAAAUGGGAUUUCUGGAUAUCACAUGGUGCGAGUUCUCGCUGAAAGCCCCGAGCGCUGGUCCAAAAUUUACUGCCUGUCAAGACGUCCACCUCAGCUUCCACUGCCUCCAAAUGCAGAACACAUCCCUCUCGACUUUCUCCAGCAGCCUGAGGCCAUCGCUGACGUGCUUAAAGCCAAAGCCGUCAAUGCGGAUUACGUCUUCUUCUUUUCCUACAUUCAGGUGGCACCAAAGGCGGGAGGAACGCUCUGGAGUAACGCUCAGGAGAUGUGCAACGUGAACACAAAACUGCUCUCCAAUUUUCUUGAGGCAUUGCCUCAGGCGAACAUCAAACCUAGGCGAAUUCUACUUCAAACCGGGGCGAAAAACUAUGGAAUGCAUCUUGGCCAUACGAUGAUCCCACAAGAGGAAGCGGAUCCACGGGUAACUCUCGAGCCAAACUUCUACUAUGCCCAAGAAGACUAUUUGUUUGAAUAUUGCAAAAAGCAUGAUAUCGGUUGGAACAUCUGCAUGCCAUCAUUCAUCCUUGGUGCUGUUCCAGACGCUGCAAUGAACGUCUGUUUGCCGUUGGCUAUCUACGCGUCUGUUACUAAGCACCUUGGCUGGAAGCUUGAAUAUCCUUCUGAUUUGAAUGCGUGGGAGUGCCCACAAUCACAAAGCUCAAGUAUGCUAAAUGCAUAUAUGGAAGAAUGGAGCGUUCUAACGCCGGAAGCUAAGAAUCAGAAAUUCAAUGCUUUUGAUGACAGUGCCUUCACCUGGGGCAAGUUCUGGCCAAAGUUAGCGGCCGUCUACGACGUAGAAUACACAAGACCAAACCCUGAUGAUAAAUACAUUGAGAUUCCUCAUCCGUAUCCUAUGGCUCCGCGAGGAUUUGGGCCCAAUCCAGGCAACCGUAUGAAAUUUACCUUGGUAGACUGGGCAAAGAAACCAGAGGUGCAAGCGGCAUGGAAAGAACUCGCCGCCAAACAUGACCUCCUAGACAAAGAGCUCCGAGACGUUGAUCGCAUUUUCUCAUUCACAGAUGCUGCUCUCUCGUGGAACCAAAGUAUCUACUUCAGCUCAGACAAGGCGCGUGCACUAGGAUGGCAUGGUCAUGUGAAUUCAACGGAAAGUAUCUUCAACGUGCUGAAGGAGUUCGAAGCCAUCAAGAUGAUACCGCCGGUGCCUAAACAUGCGUAGAGAAAAAUUAUAGGUGCUAAGAUUACGGUGUCGUAUUUUAGCGGUUUGCAUUCGUUCGGGACACAUUAGCGACGAAUGAGGACCACCACUAUGUUCAAUAUACGAAGUUUGAAGACAUUCUUUUGCUUGCAAUAGUCCAAAUCCAAGUCUCCCC